AUGACUGACUUACUACCUCUAGCCACUUAUAACCUUAAGAUAGAACCAUACACGCCUACGCCAGCCAUUGAUGUCACCGUUCCAGUAACCGUGAGAUUGACACUAGCUGCUGUGGAUCCAGAAGCGAUCGACGAGGACGACAAGCCAUCUACCUUGAGAAUUAUCAAGAGGAACCCAGACUAUUCCGACGAUGAUGACAUUUUGGGUGAUUACGACGAGGAUGAGCUUGACGAGGACGAGCUAGACGACGAAGAGGAAGAGACUCAAGAUGAGAAGAGGUCCAAGAAGGGCAAGAAGCAAAGUAAGAAGGCCGAAGCUGAGGAGGAAGAAGAGGACGAGGAGGAAGAAGAGGACGAGGAUGAUUUCGACGACGAGUUCCAAGAAUACGUGGUUCUCACCUUGUCGCCCAAGACCCAGUUCCAACAAUCCAUUGACAUCACCAUUGCUCCUGAAGAGGAAGUCCAGUUUGUUGUUACGGGCUCUUACCCUGUCCAUCUAACUGGUAACUACGUCAAGCAUCCCUUUGAUCAGCCACGUUACGGGGACGACGACGAGGACGACGAAGGAGAAGAAGACUACGACAGUGAGGAGUAUGACUUGACUCCAGACGAAGACGAAAUUCUAGACGAUCUAGAAGACGCUAGUGAUAUCGAGGGUCGCAUUGAGGAGCUUGUGCAGCGAGACGAGGAAGAGCGUGCCAAAAGCAAGAAGAGAAAGCAAGAAGCUUCUGUAGUGGAAGAGCCAAAGGAAGCCAAGAAGAGCAAAAAAGAGCAGAAGAAGGAGAAGAAGGAUGAAGAGAAAAAGGACAAGAAGGAGAAGAAGGUCGAAUUCAAGAAAGAUUUAGAGGAAGGACCCUCCAAGAAGAAAACUACUAAAGUUCUCGAGGGCGGCAUAGUUAUCGAAGACCGUGUGACCGGAACCGGCAAGUUGGCCAAAAGAGGCAGCAAGGUUGGCAUGAGGUACAUCGGAAAGCUGAAGAACGGUAAAGUUUUCGACAAGAACACAAACGGCAAACCUUUCUCUUUCAACCUUGGUCGUGGCGAGGUUAUCAAAGGCUGGGACAUCGGUGUUGCCGGCAUGGCCGUCGGUGGUGAGCGCAGAAUCGUUAUUCCAGCGCCAUACGCGUACGGAAAACAGGCUCUUCCAGGCAUCCCAGCCAACUCCGAGUUGACCUUCGAUGUUAAAUUAGUUUCCAUGAAAUAA